ACUUCGAUUUCAACGAGCAUCCUUGACGCAAGACAACGCCUCUGCCACGACUCGUGCUGCUCGUGUGUUCGAUUCUCAAGCAGGCCGUUUACACCCCGUCCUCUUGUCGUACGUGCAAUUACAUAUCGGAGACAACAACAGGACAAGAGCAAGGUGGCAAGUCCGGUAAAGAAAGCAAGAUAACGAUCUCGAUUGGUGUUAUGCCCCUGUGAUCAGACACCGCUUGUACAAUUUCGGAUAGCGACCGCGGCGAAACAGGCUUCGGCGCCAUCGGUUCAUUUUCUCAUCCUUCCCCUUCUUCCCUGUCCACCAUCUUCUCUGCCUGCUGCCACCAUGGACAUCGGUGCUCUCCUCCAGGACUCGCCCUCCGACGACCACAGGCGACGACAACAACAGCAACGGGAGCGAGAGCGAGAGCAACAGCGCCAACAACAGCAGCAACAGCAACAAGAAAGGCAGCAGCAGUCGCAGCCACCACCUCCACCUCAGCAGCAGUAUCCGCCUCCGUCACAGGAGCGCCCUGUCGAUCGUGAAAGAGACAGAUUUGCACAACCACCACCACCUCAAGUUCCGCCGUAUCGUUCACCACCUCAGCAGCGAUAUGCAAGGCCAAUUUCACCUCCUUCGCAUCAUCAGCAACAUCAUCAGACACAAGCCUAUCCUCCACAGCCACCUCCUCCUGAACAUUUACCUCAUCGCGAAGGUCGAGAACCUGCUGAACUUCCUCCUCGGUCGCAGACCAAUUGGUUGCCGCCCCCGAGUACGUUGGUGUCUGAGCCUUAUGACCUCAAGCAUCGAAGACCAGAGAUUAGCUUGCCGCCGCCUCACGAGGGAGGAUAUCAUAGCAUGGGCCCGCCCGGUAUGUUUGCCACCUCCACUACCAGGUCAACCACAGUAUGGGACAGAACCCCACUAUUCACGACAUCCCCCUCCACCCCCUCGACUUCCACCACCUCACGGGCUUGCACAUUCCCAUUCAAUCCCAAACUCACCUUCAUCGAUGUACAUGCCGCCACCACCACGCCCCGGUGGGCCUCCAUCCAUCCCAGGUCCGGGUGUUCCUCCACCCGGGAGUGGACCGGGACCGGGACCAUUGGCGCUGUAUCCAUCUGAACGCGAACGAGAUCGAGAGCGCGAGAGGGUAGAAAGAGAACGAGACAGAGAAAGAUUCAUACCUGAUCGCGAACGUGACAGAGACCGCGAGAGGGAACGUGACCGCGAACGCGACCGCCGAUCUUUGAAUCCCAGCCCCCAUCCUGGUUCGACCAUCUAUCCAGACCCUGCAUCCUACCUUGGUCCUGGCCCUCCCCAUGGUCAUCGGACCUCUCGUUCGUAUAGCACAAGUUCGCAACCACCACCAGGACGCAACUCCGCUUCGCCUGCGAUGGGCAGUUUACAACGACCUCCUAUUGGUCCUCCUCCACAUCACCACCCUUCACUACCCCCACCAACGCUUGCUCCUCCUUAUCCACCCAUAGACAGAGACCGUGAACGUGAACGCGAUCGACGCACAAGUGAUGAUUUCCUCGACCGCGCAGGACCCCGUAGCGCUGGUCCCUCCCAUUUGGGUAACAGUGGUUUCCCGGGUCCCAGUACAUCAUUGGGCGCUCCUCAUCUCUCUGUGAGUGGGAGCAACACCAGUUCGUCGACACCCUCGACCAUGAACGCGCCUCCUCAUGCGCAUGGAAAUCCGUAUCCUGUCUCAAGAGGAAGGGAGCGGGAACGAGACAGGGAUAGGGAGAGAGACUUGUUGACUGGACCUGGGAUGGGCGCCGGACUUGGAUUGGGUGGAGGCGAUAGGGAAAGGGAGCGAGAUUUGGUUAGGUCUGAGCGGGAUAGAGAGUGGGAGAGAGAACGUGAACGCGAGAGGGAGAGGGAUGUGAGAGAACGGGAGAGGAUGUAUCAAGAGGAACGAGCUAGGGAGCGGGACCGAGAACACGAGAGAGAACGAGAGUUCAUGAUGAACCAUCCACCAAGUGCACCUCCAAGCACAUCCUCCGCGAAUCCAGUCUGGUCACGGUUUGCUGCACCUAGGACUUCCUCAUCUUCGACGCCGGCUCCUCCACCUCCGCCACCACCCGGACCCGGGUUCAUGUUGGGUGCUUUAGGUGGUAUGGCCAUGUCAGGCAUGCCCGACAAGGAGGAACACGAGAGGAUGCUCAUGAACCAGCUGAACCUGGACAAGAAUUAUGACGCAAAGUAUCGAGAGAAGGUCGCGGAAGAUCUUCAGAGAGAAGAAGAGAGACAGCUUGCUUUCGCUGCGAAGCAUGGUAUUAGCUUGGGCCCGAGUAGGUCGAGACGAACGAGCUUGAAAGAUCGUGAGAGGGAGCAGGAGAGGGAGAUGAGAGAAAUGCGGGAGAUUAGAGAGAUUAGGGAUAGAGAACAGCGAGAGCCGCCAUUACCACCUACGCGGAAGAGUCAAAGGGACGAACAUGGUUGGAUGCCUGAACCAAGAUCGCUUGCGGAACCUCCCUCACUGGAACGUGAACGCGACCGGAGAGACAGGGAACGUGAACGUGAGGAGAUGGAAAUGGCCAGGAGACAAGUUGCUCCUGGUGGUGGUCAAUACCAUGUCCAUCACCAUCACGUCCAUCAUGUUCAUAACCCUCCGCCAUCCUCGUCUGGUAUGCCUCGACCGAGUAAGUCUUUGAAGGAAGGUGCAGGAGGGUUGCCUGGGGGCAUGCAACCACCUUCAUAUGGGAUCGUUCCUCCUCCUGGCAUGGACCGACGAGAGAGUCUUGGAGCUCAGAAACAGGGCAUGGGUCCUUCAACUCCCACAGGAAAUGGACCUAUGAUUCAAGGACAUCCUCCGAGAGAAGUGCCGCCUCAACCUCAUACACAUCGCAUUCAUCACCAUCAUCCGCAACCUCAUUCACACCAACAUCCACUUGCGCACCAACAUCUGCACCAACAUACCCAUGCACACCCACAUGGACUUGCUAACGCAGGUCCUAUGCCAUUCCCUCAUCGACGCUCGCCACCACCACCUUCGUCCUUCCAAAUACCACCCGGUCCACAAUCGUUCCAUCACCCUCACUCUCCCCCCCCUCCACCUCAUCCAAUGAUCCCCAGCUUACCGCCAUUACAUCUUGGCACAUUCGUCUAUCCACAAUUACCGUUCCCGUUCACUGACUUUCCUGACCCACCUUAUGUCUCUGAGAUGCCAGGUCCCGUCCCGAACGCCGCACUGACGCUCUCAGCAAAGGAGCCCGAACCGAGAGAAAUCCACCUGACCAUUCUCAUACCUUGCGGAUUCUUAACAACUGAACCGCCUCGUCAACCUCGGUUAUGGGGCGGAGCCGAAAUCCCUUCUUUCAAUCCACUCUUCGCUUCGCCUCAGUUACUUUCACAUCUGCAAUCUGGCAUGCCAUAUCAUCAUAGUCGUCGUGGACCUCAUCCGUAUGAAGUGGUUGGUAGAAGACGCGUGUACACUGAUGAUUCUGACUUGAUAUGUACCAGUGUGCAUUGUGGGAAAGUCAAUUGGAUGAUGAUCCAACGGGCGAAGCAGAGUGGGAAAGACAUGAAGGUGGAAGCGAGGUUGACCAGGGAGGCUAGAUUCGUUGGUGGAUAUGGUGCCGAGUGUGUUUCGGCGAAGAGGAAGGGGAAAGCCAGGGGGGAGAGUGAUUGGGAGGAUGGCGAGGAUGGGAAUGAGUUUGGGGAUGGGAGGGAUUUGUUGAGUGCUGGGUGGGGGAAUGGACAUGAUGGUGCUGGUGUUGAGAUCUUGAAUAUCGAGUUCGUCGAGCCCGGCGCCGCUCAUUCCCUUAGCAUUCCUAAUCGCUCGCAGCGGUUGCUUGAGUAUUCGGAGAGGAGGCUCGCUCUUUCGUGUAGUUCGGGUUCGGUCACUCGACGGAAACGACGGAGGGUUGGUUCUUAUUCUGGGGACGAGUCCUGUUCGCUACUUCAACGUCGGAUGAAUGCUGAAGAUGCCGAGCUUUGUGCUUCGAGGACCUUGGUGUUUGGGCAGCGGCCAGGUUGGUCCGACAUCAGCUAUGAAUAUCAUCCAUCGGGUCUCAAAGCAGCCCUUUUCCCACUGAGUGGUGAUGAGUCUGAGACUGACUCACGGGCGCGGAAACGAAGACGUCUGUCGGCGGAAUCAAGUCAAAAACAAGUGGAGGUCGAUACCAAGGAUGGUAGCAGGACUUCUUCUGGUCGUUCUGUUUUGUUGCAGACUUCCUGCGAGAUUUUCGUUUUACAACCCCAGACCAAGCUUCCCGUGGGCGAGCAGAACAAGGAGAACAUAGAAGACGAGGUCCAGAAACCUCAUCCGAGAUACUCGAUUUCCCUUGUUACUCGAGAGCCAAGUUCGCCAGAUCAGGCACCCAAUGAUUCUGCCGAUAGUGUGCCUGCAACAGAACCUUCCAAGACCUCAGACGUACCGAUGCUUGGAUCCGAUGUUGAUACUCGACCUCCCAAAGCUCCUGUAAAGCCAACUGACUCCUCACAAGCAGUUCCUUCUAUUGAGAGCACAACGACCCCUUCGACAGAAGGAACGAAGCCAGAUCUUGGCGCUCACGUGAACGGCAACCAUGUCAUCUCGAACACAGAUGCUCCGAUGUCUGACGCGGUUCCUUCUACUGGAAACUCAGACGCCAGUCUUCAUCCCACUGCAAGCCUUGCUGAAGGAGGUGAUUCGGUAGGGGCGACGUCAAAUUCAUAUAAGACGGAGGCGAAGGUACCUACUAGUGGUGCGAAGACCGAACCGACCAGCGCUCCGACGGUCAACGCUUUUACGCCUUUACUUUCUUCAGCCAAAGCGAGAGACCGUCAAUUGCCGCAGAAGACAGUCCUACAAGUCUUGCAGCAGGAUCUGACGGAGGAUAACUUUAUAUUCGCGGAGGAUGGCGUGAGUAUCUUGAGUAGUGAUGAGGAGAAUGGGAUUCGGAAAGGAUUCAAGCUCGAAGUGCGGACUUGGCGUUGGGCUGAUGACCGGAUGUUGGAAGCGAGAUCCCGGUAGUUGCUUAUCCAUACUGUAUGUAUCGCGCUUUCAUGCUAUUUUUGAAUGUUGUAUACAUCCACUUUGCUGUAAGGCC